GCAGGUUAUUCAUCAGUUGCUCAAGCAGGGAUCGUAAAAGAUUUAGGCCUCUCUGUUGCACAAUACUCCAUGUUUGGAUCAAUCAUGACUUUCGGAGGGAUGAUUGGUGCCCUCUUCAGCGGGAAAGUCGCAGAUCUCGUGGGUCGAAAAGGGGCGAUGUGGUUUGGUCAAAUUUUCUGCAUUGCCGGUUGGCUUGCAAUAGCUUUAGCAACAGACACAAUAUGGUUGAAUGUUGGAAGACUAUCCACAGGUUUUGCUGUUGGUUUAUUCAGCUACGUGCUGAUGCAGAGUUGUGGGAUUUCAUUAUUCUACGUCAUUGGAAAUUUUGUUCAUUGGCGUCAUUUGGCCUUGAUCGGUUUGAUUCCAUGUGUUUUGCAAGUUGUGUCUCUGUUCUUCAUUCCAGAAUCCCCUAGAUUGCUGGGAAAAUGGGGGCGUGAUAAAGAAUGUAGAGCUUCAUUGCAGCUUCUCCGUGGAGAUGAAGCUGAUGUCUCUGAAGAAGCCGACACUAUCAAAGAAACCAUGGUGUUGUUUGAUGAAGGACCAAAAUCUCGGGUAUUUGAUUUGUUCCAGAGAAGAUAUGCUCCAUCUCUUGUUAUUGGUGUGGGGCUAAUGCUUCUGCAACAGCUCUCUGGAAGCUCAGGGAUUAUGUUCUAUGUCGGUAGCGUAUUUGAUAAAGGAGGUUUCCCAAGUAGCAUUGGCACAAUGAUUCUUGCAGUGAUCAUGAUACCAAAAGCUUUAUUGGGUUUGAUCUUGGUUGAGAAAAUGGGACGAAGACCGCUUCUAAUGGCUUCUACUAGUGGGAUGUGCUUUUCCAGCUUGCUCCUUGCAUUUUCCUUCAGCUUUCGGUCACAUGGCAUGCUCGAUGAGCUCACUCCGAUUUUUACAUGUAUCGGUGUAGUGGGUUUCAUCUCUGCAUUUGCCGUAGGCAUGGGAGGCUUACCAUGGAUCAUCAUGUCUGAGAUUUUCCCAAUGAAUGUUAAAGUUUCAGCUGGGACUCUGGUUACAUUAGCCAACUGGUCCUUUAGUUGGAUUGUAGCGUUCGCCUACAACUUCAUGAUCGAAUGGAACGCAUCAGGAACGUUCUUGAUCUUCUUUAGUAUCUGCGGGGCGGGUGUAGUAUUUAUAUAUGCGAUGGUACCCGAAACCAAAGGAAGAACACUUGAAGAGAUACAAGCUUCUCUUACAGAUUUUCUACAAUGA